AACAUGAGGGUUUGACAUAAGAAGAAGCAAUCAUAUUGUAGAAUGCUUUACCAUGCUCCUAUCCUAUAUAAACUGUUGUAUUCUUCUUGCUGGUGGGAUUCUCUGGUACUCAAACAGGUAUUAAAGUACGCUUAGUAGAGUAUAAAUUCAUAGGUGUCUGGGACACCCGGUUUAAGUUAAGUCAGGCGUUUAGGGGAAAAUCUACCACAAUUUGGCGAGCCAGCUUCAGGAGUCCUCGGAAUCUCUCUCUGAUGGGGACGAGGAUCUUGACUUCAUUCUGCCAGACUGCAGAUCCCUGUUCGACAGAGGGACCAUUCCUGGACGCGCUAAAAUGACUUAAGGUUAAGGUAAGACAGACUCCAUACUUUUCCUUACAAAUGCUUUUAAAUUAAAUAAAAGGAUAAAUUGAAUUUUGGAUUCUGUUAAGAACAUUUUUGAAGAACACUGUGAUCACAUUUAAAUGAUGUUUACUUUUGGCUGUUAAGGGCAGUGAGUGAUUAUGGUUGAUAUAACCAAAGUGUUGAGUAUUUUAGAUGUUGUGAUUGAGUGCUCCCAGCAAGCUGCUAGUAAAACUUUGUUCCUGCAAAGAGCAACCUGUCAUGAUUGCUGGAGUUAGAAGUGCUAAAGAUUCUACGCUCAUAUAAAUCACAGUCGAGGCAGUGAUAGUGUUGGACGACUAAAGACCUGUGCUCAGGGUGAGACAGUAACAUUUUGAGUUAGUGUUGAUGAUCCUGUGUAUAGAUGCUAGAGACCUGACACUCGCCUGCGAAUUUGGGUAGGUAGUGAUAUAGCAGCUUCACCAUGUUCGGGAAGGGGAAAUGCCCUGAGAUGCUGUAGCACUACAACUUGCUCUUUGUUUUAAUCAGACUUUAAUUCUGAUUAAGAAAGAAAUGUUGAACGAGUUGAAUAUGACUGAUAGAUUCAUUUUGAAAUAAAUAAAUGAAUGCUGAAAUUGUUGAGAAUGAGAUUGGGUGACCGAGUUAAAUAGAAAUUAUGAUUUGAACAGGCACAUAACAGACAUCUUACAGUAAUUUUAGUUUCUAGCAAAGAGAAAAGACAAAGAAUUCUUUGCUAAUACAUUACACCAUACUCUAUAUUAAUUAGAGAAGUUUACUGUUUUUUCCUGCAUUUCGCAAAGAAGGAUCUGCUUGCUUUUUCCUGCAAAGAAGAACUAAGCUUAUUAAUAGAUUGAGGAACUGCUGUUGUGUUGACCAGAUGAGACUUCUGGAAUUAAGGGACAUUGAUUAUGGUUCAGAAAAAAUGGAAUUUAAAUAAAGAGCUGUAGGUUUAAUUUGAAUUAUGUGGUUCUCUUGAGUGUUCACAUUUCAGACCAGGCAUGGAACAGCCACCUUGACAAAUGGGAGCAAGUAGACUGAAGUCUGUCGACAAGACAAGACUGCAGAGAGAAGAAGAGGAAAGUGGCUGAUGGGCCUUCAGCUCCCCUCCUGAAAGAGGAGGUUGACACUUUGGAGGGGUCAGCAUGGAGAGGACUGAUACAGUGCAGGAAAAGGUGAAACUUUCACUUGAGGCUUUUCCUAUGGACAAUUUUGCCUUGCGUUAUGAAAUUGUGUGGCAGGAUCGAUCACAAGCCAGACUGUCUGAGAGACAGAGGAACAACAGAGCUCAUCCACCACAACAACAUGCCUUUUAGUGCAUCCCUGGCUGACGAUCCAAUGCAACAGACCAACAAGUUCAACUGACUGAUGAGCCACACAGAACACAGAAGGACUUUCAUUCCCUCCCUUGUGGGCAGGUGCUGCAUCUCAAUGAUCACUACAGAGACCGCUUCAAAUUCUGUUAAUUAUCAUAUUAAUUUGAUUCCUUUUGAUUAAUUCACUGGUCUCACAGCAGUUUUUUGUAUUCUCUGUUAAAUUCUGAAUCUGCUUUCAAUAGGUUCCAGUCCAGCCUACUGUACAUCUUAAUGAAAGAAAAAGAAGUUCAAUUCACAGAAGUGGGAGUUUGACUCACUAAUCAGUUAAAACUGGCUGGAAUUGGCAUAGUGAGGGCUAUUACAUUAACCAACUAGGGGUAAAGACAUAAAUAGAUUAUUGACUAUGGGCACAAGGAAAUAGGGCACAAAGUGUCCAAAGAGAAAAUUAUGGCUAGAAAAGCAACAAUAUUGGUCACUUCAUUUCGUUUAAAGGUAAUUUUCUAGAUUUAAUAAGAAUAAUAACUCUAAGAUUCCAAAUUUUUGAAAUCAGAAAUGCUGUCAUCACCAGGGAUAUGAGAUGGGAAUGUUAUUUGUCCAUGGAUCCAAGAUUGUGUGGAGAUCUCCAAUCUUCUUCUAAGUAGCUCAUGAGUAACAACAAAAAGUUUGAAAAUUGUAAUUGCGCAAUAAAAGACAAAUAGCAUUUGAGAAAUUGAAAUUGGCUCCCUCAACUGCAGGCCUAGGUCUAUAUGAUUAUUCUAAACUAUGUAAUCUAUUUUAUUCAUGGCGACUGACAUUGAACAAUUGAUAAUUAACGUCCUAACAUUUAGACACUGUUGCAAGGGGAAUGCCACAGUGUGUCUACGUUUAGUAGCUUCUGCCGUCGUCAAAGUUGUGUUACCCGUUCAGAUUUGAUGGUAAUCUGGCCAGAGGGGGGUGUGAAAGUGUGUGUGAAGGAUGGUGAGAUGGUGUUUGCUGAGGCACCAAGUCAAAUAAAUCAUUCCAAUCAAAACAGCUGUAUCUAAAAUGUAUUACAUUUAUUAAGUGGGCCCACAGGGCAGAAUAUGCCCAAUAAAAUAAUGGCCAUGGAUGAAUUUGGCUUAAUAUCCUGGCCUGGGUUCAUUUGUGGCAGUGCCACACCUGCGCAGCACCUAACUUCAUUCUAACCUUGUGUGUUACAGUGUGGUAUGAGAACCGCUCUGUUACAGAUAGGAAAGCCCUGCAGCAUGUGAUUAAUUUGGCAGAGAAUAUUAUUGGAUGCAAUCUCCCAGCAAUCAGUGACACAUACAUCAACAGAAGCAGGACUAGGGCUGCCAGCAUCAUGACGGACUCCUCCAACCCUGCCAAUAGACUAUUUGUCCCUUUUUCUUCAGGCAGGAAACUGUGCAGCAUCAGAACUAAAACAACCAGCUGGAUUUAACUCAGUUCAGAUCAGAGGAAGUUCUCAACCAAAGGAGGAGCUGAUGAUGAUUAAAGGAAGAGCUGUAACUAUAUAAUGAAGAGAAAGACUGACAGAAACAGAAAAUGGCUGAUAAGUGUGAUCUGUGUCUGCUGGGACUGAUCAUUCUCUCUUCACUUCUCACAGGUACCAGUGGAGUGAAUGAGACUGAUGUGUUCAUCAGUUCUGGUGAAAAUGUCCGUCUGUCCUGUAAUAAUGCUCUUUCUGACUGCAAAUCAACUACAUGGAUCUACAGCAGACAUUCAGCAGCAGUUGAACUGAUUGAAUUAGGAAUAAAGCAGAAAGACACAGAGAGACACGAGAGACUGAGUCUGGGGUCUGACUGCUCUCUGAACAUCAAGAACGUCACAGAAGAAGAUUAUGGAUCUUACAGCUGCAGACAAUAUGUGAAUGGAGAACAACAAGGAACUGAUGCAGAUGUUGAUCUGCAUGUUCUUCAUGUUUCAGUGUCUCCAUCAUCAUCAUCAUCAUCCUCACAGACUGAGAUCAGUCCAGGUCGCUCUGUGACUCUCUCCUGUCAGUUAUAUUCAGUCUUCAGUAAUGAUUUGGUCCGUUAUGAGGGACUUCAGCUGUUGUGGGUGAAUCAGACUGGUGUUAAUCUGAUGACAGACUCCAGAUAUCAGAUAUUAUUCUCAUCAGAUCACUGUAUCAUCAAUCUGACUACAACACUCCUGAAUGAAGAUGACAACAGAGAGUGGAGAUGUCAGCUUACUCUCAGAAAUCAACUCCAGACCUCAGUCAGAUACACUGUCAAGUAUUCAGAUGAUUCAACGACAGGAGUAAUUCCAGUCCACAUCACAAACUCUCAGGAUCCCUCAAUUAUAAACACACACGGAUCUAAAGGUACCAGUGGAAUGAAUGAUCCUCAUGUGUUCAUCAGUCCUGGUGAAAAUGUCCGUCUGCCCUGUAAUAAUGCUCUUUCUGACUGUACAUCAACUGUAUGGAUCUAUAACAGACAUUCAGCAGCAGUUGAACUGAUUACUGGAGGGAUAAAGAAGAAAGACACAGAGAGACAUGAGAGACUGAGUCUGGGGUCUGACUGCUCUCUGAACAUCAAGAACAUCACAGAAGAAGAUCAUGGAUUAUACAUCUGCAGACAAUAUGUGAAUGGACAAAAACAAGGAACUGAUGCACGUGUUUAUCUGCAUGUUCUUCAUGUUUCAGUGUCUCCAUCAUCAUCAUCAUCAUCAUCAUCAUCAUCAUCCUCACAGACUGAGAUCAGUCCAGGUCGCUCUGUGACUCUCUCCUGUCAGUUGUAUUCAUAUUCUGGAUUAUCUUGUGAUGAUCGGGUUCGUUCUGAGGGACUUCAUCUGUUGUGGGUGAAUCAGGCUGGUGUUGAUCUGACGACAGACUCCAGAUAUCAGAUAUUAUUCUCAUCAGAUCACUGUAUCAUCAAUCUGACUACAACACUCCUGAAUGAAGAUGACAACAGAGAGUGGAGAUGUCAGCUUACCCUCAGAAAUCAACUCCAGACCUCAGUCAGAUACACUGUCAAGUAUUCAGGUACCAGUGGAGUGGAUGAUCCUCAUGUGUUCAUCAGUUCUGGUGAUAAUGUCCGUCUGCCCUGUAAUAAUGCUCUUUCUGACUGUACAUCGACUGUAUGGAUCUAUAACAGACAUUCAGCAGCAGUUGAACUGAUUACUGGAGGGAUAAAGAAGAAAGACACAGAGAGACAUGAGAGACUGAGUCUGGGGUCUGACUGCUCUCUGAACAUCAAGAACAUCACAAAAGAAGAUCAUGGAUUAUACACCUGCCGACAAUAUGUGAACGGACAAAAACAAGGAACUGAUGCACGUGUUUAUCUGCAUGUUCUUCAUGUUUCAGUGUCUCCAUCAUCAUCAUCAUCAUCCUCAUCCUCACAGACUGAGAUCAGUCCAGGUUGCUCUGUGACUCUCUCCUGUCAGUUGUAUUCAUAUGAAUUCUCCUGUGGUGAUUGGGUUCGUUCUGAGGGACUUCAGCUGUUUUGGGUGAAUCAGGCUGGUGUUGAUCUGACGACAGACUCCAGAUAUCAGAUAUUAUUCUCAUCAGAUCACUGUAUCAUCACUCUGACUACAACACUCCUGAAUGAAGAUGACAACAGAGAGUGGAGAUGUCAGCUUACUCUCAGAAAUCAACUCCAGACCUCAGUCAGAUACACUGUUGCGAAGGGAAUUUUUAAUUAAUCAUUAUUCACUAACAUUCCUUUUUCUGCAGGAUUAACAUUUGAAUGCUUUUGAGAACAAAAUGUUUUAGUACUUGGUCAAAGUGUUGUAAUAACGGAUGCAGAUGACAAGAAUAGACGGCUGUCUGGACAUGACCAUGACUUAAACAAGCUGAGAUAAUCAAAAAAUUCAAAUUUGCUUCUGCUUAGUAACAGAAGAGGGAUUUUGCUGAAUUGCAUAUAUGAAGAACCAAUCAUAUUAGAGAAAAAUUAUGUAAUUGAAUUUGAGUUAUGUUACCUUUGCCCAUGCAUCUAUUCUAUAUAAACUGUUAAACUCUUUUUGUGGUGAGGAUUCUCUGUGAUUGUUGUGAGAUCCUCCUGGCUGUGAUUGAAGUAUAUUCAAAGGCA